UGUUAUGAAGACUGAUGUCACUGAGACGCCUAUCGUUUACGCAUAUUUUGUUGCUGUUUGCAGUCCUCAAUGAUCACAACCUUCCGCCGGUGGGAUCACAUAUAGUCGUCCUCUGGCCCAGUACUCGAUCUUUUUAAAAGGAUCACCUAGAGGAGGAUAACCAUAAGCUGUUAAAUCCACGGUAAGUCAUUUGCGUUUGGUGAUUCGGCCAACAUAAUGACACAAUAUGUAAAGUUAUUAAUUUGUAUCGUGAGAAAACUUCCAAUACUACUUAUACAAUUAUCUGAAUUAUUUCUUGUAAUAAAUGGUGGGAAACGAAAUGCACAAAAUGAAAUCAUCAUUUUAUAAACUUUUGGUUGUUUAUCAGCAUCGAUUCACCCAACACUCCGUCCAAAGAGCUUUGCAUGAUCUUCAAACACGGCUUUGAAAAGACUAUACGUGGCAAUGCCCGAGGGCUUAUUUCGACUUGUUUCGAUCUAAUGCACGCGAAUUUUUAGGACGGUUUGGUCUUAUCCCAAAAAGGGAAAAUUUCGAUUCUUGAGAAUGAUUUUUAGCAAAAGGGAAGCUAGAGAAAGGCAAAAUUGUCUGUGAACAACCCAAUGAAGAUUUCAGCAUGAUGUGAUCGCAUGGUUAGCUACAGUGUCAGAGAUAACUCUGCGUGAACACAGUAGCCAGUAGAAACACAGGCGGUCAAAGAGUUCUGUGUGUAAUUUCGGGGUUUAAAUCUAAUAUGCUGGAUAUGUACAUUAACUGGAGUAGUAAAAGCCAAAGUUACCCCAGUAUGAUUGAUAUUCAAUCACUCUUUAGUUCACAAUGGUUCACCAAAGUCGAUAUUCGAUUCCCUUGAUAUUGAACGAUCGAGGGUUACAUUUAGAUUAAAUUUUAACCAUUUGCGUGUGCCGUAAAAAAGUAAAAUAAUGAAAAAUAUUGUUAUAAAUGCGAUAAAUAUAUAUAACGUGUAAACUCCUUAUCUUUAUUCCAUAUCUGAACUUGCCUCUUCCAGCCGUUUUUCAAAUCAUACACUGUACACUUAGGCCGCCCGUGGCCGAAGGGCUUUACGCUGAAAAUUUACAAAAUUUUCAACCUUGAAAAUGGCGUUUCUAGUGUUUCGAUUAGUUCACCUUACUCCGAUUAUCAGUGCAUAUUCCGUGUCACCGUUUAUGGAAAGCAUUGCCUUUACUGUCAAGUAGCUAAAAAAAGCUCCAUCUAAACGUUAAGGAUUUAAUGAAAUUCAAAAAUUCAGUUAUUCAAGUUGCACUUGUUGAAUACGGGAAUGGUUAUAGACUUCUGGGCGCUACGCACCUCGUUGAAUAUUUAUCAUCUUAACGCGCGCUUAUGGAAUAAACGUUAAAUAAGUCUCUCCAUGGGUUGCUAUUUUUAAUAACAUACAGUUCCAUUAUUUUAGUCUCGAAGAUAUCUGCUUACUAGCCUGCAGAGCAGGUGUAAUUUAGGCUAGCCAGCGCUAAGUAAUUUCAUAACGAAUAUUAUGGCCGCCAUCUUUGAUUUUAAUGGCCGGUCGAACAAACGAUCGCGAGCUUUUAGCGUUAGCUCGCACUAACAAGACGCCUGCACUUUAGGCUAUCUGCUUACAAGUUAUUCUAUUUUAGUCACUUUCCAGGAAUAUGAAUAUUGAUCAUCCUCCCCUAGUGCGAACAAAACCGCCCGUCGAAAAACAUCAAGCAGCAGUUCUGGCAGCUCGACUUUUCAACCUGCAUAUCACAGAUUUGUCUUUUGUCAAAGAGCUUAAUUCCUAUGACGACAGAAACUUUUACAUGCGAGGAUCCUUGAAUGGGCAACGUGAAUGUCAAGAAUACGUUCUCAAAAUUAUAAACGACGUAGAAUCAAGGCAUGAAUAUUUCCAAGAGUUUCAGUGUAACAUCAUGUUGUUUCUCCAAACACGUGGCUACAACUGCUCCUCCCCAGUCCUUUCAAUUCUCAAGACGCAUUUGGUCAGGUGCAAAAUCCCACGAAAGCAUCGAGCUGGCAUUCUUCACUCGGAGCCUGGUCAUGUUUCUACGGUAACAGACAAAGAUACGAAUGGAAUUUCUUUAGAAAAUGGUACUAGCACUCUGUCUGUAACAAGUCUUAGAAAUAUCGUUGAUGGAAUUGAGAUUUAUGACGGAGAAGAAUACUCUGAAGAGGAAUUCUUGGUCUGCGCUGUUCUCCUUUUGAACUUUGUACCGGGUAAAUUACUGAAUGAAAUCCCGCUGAACACUCAACUGCUGUUUAAUGCAGGAGUGGCCGUGGGCAGCAUGGAUCGAGACUUAAAGGUAAGAGAAAAGCAAUAGCAAACAAAAAGCAAACAAAGGAAAAAAAUACCAGCAAGGUGGAACAGACAUCAGCUGUCCAUCUCGACUCUCACUUAAGACUGUUGUCUCGUCUCCUUUCUUGCUCAUGUUCAGCCUUUGCAGUUGUUUAAUUUAUUGUUGUUUACUUUCUAUUAAUUUUUUUAGAUUUGUUCCAGGAAAAUCAGAUUGUCAUUAUUAUCAUUAUCGUUCUGACAGCUAGUGUACUUUCUCAAAGUGGAAUUCGUUCAUAAAAGUUUAAGUUGCCGUUGCUUUUUUUAGUACAAAACUAAAAUAAUUUUUUUAAAAAACGAACAGGAUUUCGUCGGUGAAGAACUGAAGCGUCCAGAAUUUAGCUGGGGCUUGUCGAAUGUUGAUGAGAAAAUUGAGCCUUGCCUCGAAGCUGUUACUGAUCCUCAUCAUGUUGAAAUGGUUCGAGAGGUUUGUGAAGCUUUUAGAAAGACUGUGAAACCAAAACUACAUCUCCUACCCAAGCAAAUCAUCCACGGGGAUCCAAAUUACACCAAUCUUGUAUUUGCUCCCCGUGACAAGCACUGUUCACAAUACUCAGUGCAGGAUAUUGGUGUCAUAGACUUUGGAGACCUCAACUACAGUUGUACAGUAUUUGAAAUUGCCAUUGCCCUAAUGUACAUUUUGAACCUUGAAGAGGUUUUGAAGUGCGGGCGAACUCAAAUGGCGGGACAUUUCUUCGCGGGAUAUCACUCGGUUCAUCCUUUAUCUAGCGAGGAGUUGGAAGUCUUGCCUGUGCUGGUAGCGUCAAGGUUUUGUCAGUCAUUAGUAUUUGGCGCUUAUGUCAGUAAACUCGUUGAUCCUGGAAACGAAUAUAUCUUGGAAACAGCCAAAAACGGGUGGAAGAAUUUAGAGGAAUUUUGGAAGACACCAAAGGAAGAGGUGCUACAAUUAUGGAUGGAAAUGAGCGAAAACACACGACAAAACCAAAAUUAACUUUGAGAGUGUCUGUAAACAUGGAGGAAAUGCUAUUAAGAUAUUAACAUAGGUUUCACUAAAUGCAAUGAUAACCACCGUGAUUAUUUUCAUCUGUAACUCAAUUUUAUCCUCAAAACAGUUUUCAAAUUAAUAUUUAUAGUAAUCUGGGAUUGCAUGGCUUUAAAUUGGUUUUGCUCUGCUUCGCUCUGUGAUUGGUCCAGAAAACUCGCGUUCACCUCUCAACCAAGUAGAUGCAAAACUAAAACCCAAUCGAGACUUGGUCACCCGCGUUUUCCCGCGCUUAGGGUAUACGUAGUUUUGCCGUAAUUUGAUAGAAUACCUGUAGCUAAAUUAAAUGCCACACGUUUCGAUCACGCCACGAAAUAAAUGCACAUUUAAUUUAUUUGCCAGAUAGAUGAAUAUUUUGAUUUAAAGAUGUGUAGUUGUGAUUCGACUGAAAAUAGAUAUUAUAUUUAAUACAAAUAUCUAAGUACAAAUAUAACAACAAUAACGACAAAGCUACAUGAAAUAGAAUCGAGCUUACAGUUUGUGGUGCAAUCAAGUCUGGCCGUAAAACUCUUUAAAAAAAAGCGGAGCAACUGCAGAAUACCCUGCCACUUUGGUCCACCUCAUUUACAUGUGUCGGGAGUUUGAAGAUCGAGGCAUAACACAAUAGACGUUAUUCUUACUCAAUGACAUGUAAAUGAGCUUAGCCACAAAAGCAACACGCGAACAUUCUGGUGAGAAAUGAAUCGCUACCGCCUUCUGUAAUUCCUACAUGAUCUCACGCGAAGUCGCCAACUUAAUAUUAAUUGAGUAGAAACAGAACAUCACAAUAGUAGUUCAAUAGAAAGAAAACAAUUCAAAAUCAUUUCGCAAUUGCUUUACAAUAAAUAGAAAUGUAAAUUCUAGUUGCUUCAAUGUCCA